AGUUCGGCCACGUCUUUGGCCACGUCGCGCUCGCUCUCGCCAUCUUCGCAGCUUCCUGUCUGUGGCCGCCGCCGCCGCCGCUGCCUGAGCCGCGGAGCCUGGGGCCGCCGCGCAGACCGCCACCGCCAUGAACAUCUUCCGGCUGACCGGGGACCUGUCCCACUUGGCGGCCAUCGUCAUCCUGCUGCUGAAGAUCUGGAAGACGCGCUCCUGCGCCGGUAUUUCUGGGAAAAGCCAGCUUCUCUUUGCACUGGUCUUCACAACUCGUUACCUGGAUCUUUUUACUUCAUUUAUUUCAUUAUAUAAUACGUCUAUGAAGCUUAUCUACAUUGCCUGCUCCUAUGCCACGGUGUACCUGAUCUACAUGAAAUUUAAGGCAACCUACGAUGGAAAUCAUGAUACUUUCCGAGUAGAGUUUCUGGUGGUUCCUGUGGGAGGCCUCUCGUUUCUAGUCAAUCAUGACUUCUCUCCUCUCGAGAUUUUGUGGACCUUCUCCAUUUACCUUGAGUCAGUGGCUAUCCUACCACAGCUCUUCAUGAUCAGCAAGACCGGGGAGGCCGAGACCAUCACCACCCACUACCUGUUCUUCCUGGGCCUCUACCGUGCUUUGUAUCUUGUCAACUGGAUCUGGCGCUUCUACUUUGAGGGCUUCUUUGACCUCAUCGCUGUGGUGGCCGGCGUUGUCCAGACCAUCCUGUACUGCGACUUCUUCUAUUUGUACAUUACAAAAGUACUCAAGGGAAAGAAGCUCAGUCUGCCAGCGUAAGUGCCAAAGACCAUGACCAGCAUCUGUCCUUCAGGGUGCUCGGACAGAAUUCUUACCACAGCAAAGGCACAAGAUGCUUCAUAUGGAAAAUCAGAAACUUAACUCUUUUGUUGCAGAUAGUCAUCUAUGGCUCUGUAAGAACCCAGAGGGAAAGAACCAGAAGGUUUCUGUUCAGUGCAUCUUGCCUUAUCUUUUUUUAUUACUAUGUACAAAGAUUUUUUUACACAAAGAAACUUAAUGCUGUAUUAAUAAAGUCAGUGUGUAGCUUCAAUUGGGAUAGUUGCAAAAGUGAAGAUUUUGUGAGGAAUAAGUGCAAACUUUUUUUUAAAUUCUUUGAAAUUGUUGAUUCUUUGUGUCUGCAAUGAAAUCAUACUCCUUGACAAUUGGUAGAUUAUAUAUUCCUCCAUCUAUCAAACUUGCAUUCCACUAUAUUUAUUUUUUUGCCAAAAGAUGAGUUAUCUUUGUUUGAAUUUGGUACAUCUGUUCAAAUCACUUCCCACCUGAUGUGGAAAUCCUUCCUUGGACGUCACAACACUACAUUUAAGGCUGGUAAGGGUGACUUGCAAGUCUUAAGGUUUUCAUUACCAAAAUUUUAAGGUUCUGAAUGUCGAUGGAGUCUCAUUUAAGAGUCACCAAAGGUGCCUGCCCUCCUCCCCUGCUAGGAAGUGUCAGUUUGAGACUGUCCCAAGGCUGUUAAAGAGCUCGGUGGGCAGGGGCUGUGGGCUGCCUGCUGUCUGAGCGUGAGGUGCAAGAAGCAUUUGUGAUUAUUUUGGAUCUAGGACUCCUCUGAGAAAUGGAACACAAGUAGUUACCUAUCACUUUAAUUUAUAGUUACAAAAGAUUACUACAACCAUGUCUAUGCUCAGAUCCAACCGAUUUUUCAUAUCACUUUUGGAUAGCAAAAUGAUUUACUUUUUUUUUUAACUGGCAGCACCAAUUGCCAUUCCUUUUACUCUUACUUUUUUUGUUGUUUUGUUUUUACUGAGCUCUUGCAUGAUUUGUGUUACCAUCCUAAAUAAACAUUUUACUAAACAUAGAA